GCACCACAGGUCUCUUACGACCUUUACGUAUUGAACGCUUGAAUUCGGAAUCCCUGACUGAAUGCAUAUUGCAUUAGGCGCAGCAAAUUCAAUAGCAAACUACGUAUCUGGUUAAUCCCGGGAGAGAUAUUUUACAUUCUCACUCAUUUGGCUAUUCAGAAACAAGAAAUUAAGGCUCGCUGACUCGUUUUUAUGGCUGUCUCUGGAUUAUUUAUAUUGGAUAAUAAAGGAAAAGUCCUCAUAUACCGCAACUAUAGGGGUGACGUCGAGAACAGUGCGAUCGAGAAGUUUUUACCCAUUACGAUGGAACGCGAAGAUGAAGGUAACUUAAUCCCGGUCCUUCAACUUGGUGAAAUCACCUUCACCUACGUCAAAUACAACUACAUCUAUUUGGUCGGCCUAACGAGAAAAAAUGCGAACAUUGCACUUGUCCUCUCCUUUUUAUACAAAGUGGUGAAUAUUUUCAUCGAAUAUUUCGGCGAGUUCGAAGAAGAGAGUAUCCGCGAUAACUUCGUAAUUACAUAUGAGCUGCUGGACGAGAUAAUGGACUUUGGUUAUCCCCAAACCACGGACACAAAGAUCCUUCAGGAAUACAUCACACAGCAAAGCCACAAGAUGGAAGUCGCACCCCGCCCUCCCAUGGCUGUGACAAAUGCGGUGUCUUGGCGCUCAGAAAAUUUGAAGUAUAGAAAAAAUGAAGUCUUUCUGGACGUCGUGGAGUCUGUUAACUUACUGGUUAGCUCCACAGGUGUUGUUCUGCGGAGUGAGAUAGUAGGUAGCAUCAAGUUGCGGGUGUACCUAUCCGGGAUGCCAGAGCUGCGACUGGGUGUAAAUGAUAAACUUCGAUUUGAGAAUCUUGGCCGUGGGAAGGGUAAAUCUGUGGAGCUGGAAGACGUCAAGUUCCAUCAGUGUGUCCGUCUGUCACGCUUCGAAAAUGAUCGAACGAUCUCAUUUAUCCCGCCCGAUGGCGAAUUCGAACUCAUGAGCUACCGCUUGAGCACACAUGUAAAACCAUUGAUUUGGGUGGAGGCCAUAAUUGAGCGUCACGCCCACAGUCGAAUGGAAUACAUGGUUAAGGUAUGCUGA